AUGAGCAAGUUUGACAAUUCACGUUUCCAUCGUGAAGGACGGGAAAAGCCUCAGCCGAAAACUAAACCUCGUCCCAAGGAUUCAGAGUUCAUCCUGGAGUUGGUUCAGACCGGAAAGGCAAAUUGGAAAAAGGCUCCUACGGCAGUGAGGAAUAGAUACUACGGUAUAUAUAUGAUCCUCUUUUCCAUUCCUAUCCUACUUCUUCCCUCGUAUGAGAUAUGGCGUCGGUUGGAAGGCAAGUCGACGAAACAGGUGCAAAAAGGUGAGAUUCUCGAGGGACAACAGGUGCGGCCAUUUGAUGAAAGAGAAAAAUGGGAGAAAGAGAAAAACAGUUUCAUGUAUAAGAUCUUUGGUCGAGAUUUCUUUCUUGAUGGUUUCACCAGUAAGACCAUGAAAAAGGACGACCAGAACGGAAACGACAAGAAAUACGAGAAAAACGACAAAUAG